UUUGUUUUAUUUAACCGAUCCGGUGUGGCUGCAAUCACACCGAAACAUCAGGAGAGCGGGCGACGUGCGGCUCAAACCCCGCGUCGUAAUUCUGCGUCGGCAUUCGUCCUGUCACUUGAUAUUUUAUUUGCAUGAGGUGGGAGAGGUUGGGCCUGUGCGCGUUUUACGUAUAGAAAUUUCGUGCACUUGAACACGAGGCGUAUUUUUUCUCUUAUAUCUCAUGACAGCGCAGAUUCUCCUGCAGCAGCUUCAUUUUGCGUGUUUUCGGGGCUCACGCUUUUCAUUGUGCGCGAUCUGCUCCUCCAUCGACCUACAAUAAACAGAGAAACGUGUUUUUGUUGCAGCCAUCAUCGCACCAGCCCUGGAGGUGCAGUCACCUCCCUACAAACACGAUACAUUCAGCGUUUUUCUUCCUCCUCAAGAGGAAAAAAAAUGUCUCCAUCAUCCUCCGGAGCAGGUCCUGUUUUCGUUACUGCCACUCUGCUGCUGGCGCGCAGUAACGAGACUAAUCCUCCAGAGUAUUUAUAAUCUCAUUAAUAAAGAAUCCCAUGGGGGCAACAAAGCGGUGUUAUUUCUCUAAGAUUUACUGUAAUUUAAUAACACUUGUGUUCUUUGUGUCGUCGGCUUUGAGUGUGAAUUUAUGGCUGUAUGCACCCCCCUCCCCUCCCGUUAUUCUGGAUCUUUCGCUUCUUUCUUGCAUCUGAGGCCUAAAUGCUUGAGGCUGCCUCACAAACCAGCUCCUUUGAUUUUAAUAUGUGAGAUUCUGACAUGUAAAUAGACGCAAAAACGAGAAGCCCCUGGUGUAUUUAAUUGAUUUCCGUGCGUCUCUGUAUUGUUUCGAGAGCGGAUAGUGUUGGAAAUCGGGAUGAAGCAGCGUUUGUGCGCAAAUGCCAAGCCCAUUUUUUUCGCCUUUUUUUCAUAUUAUAAACAGAGGAGAGCGCCCAUGUCUCCGUGUGCUGUCACACGGCCAGUGCAGUGAACCAGGCUGCUUAUCUGACACAUAUGGGCUCUUGGGUAAUCCUCCCAGGGUCAGCGGACGCGAUCUGACCCACAGUAGGUGCAUGAAAGCCUUUUAACGCGAACCCUUUAUGCCCGCCACAUGAACAAUAUGUGAUUUUUUCCUCUUUGGUUUGGUGGAGGGAUGUUGGAGUGAGAAUCUCUCGUCUCCUUCCUCGGACACACCUCUCUCCCACCCUCACUGGUUCUCACUCAUUGCAUCGAUUUCUGUAACAAUUACAGUGAAGAGGAGCGGGCAUGUUGUAGUCAGUAACCGCAGCUGGGAGCCAUUCCAACUGAUGCGCAGAAAGCACUGAAACACAUCUCAGUGCCAUCUUUUUGUUUUUUUUUUGAUAAACUCAGACAUCCUUCUGCAAGUUUCUGCAGCACUUGGGCACGACUGGAGAGACACGCUGCCCGACCCACGACUGGCAAUGGAGUACGUGAACAACGCGAACAGCUACAGUUCUGGAGACACCAUGAGCAGCUCCUUAGCCAACAUGACCAUCAAGGAUCAGCACCACCAGGAGAACGGAGUCAAAAUGAAAGAGGAUGAAGCAGCACUCAGUGAGAAUGGGGUGAAUUCUGUGUCUGAGCUCUCUCAGCCAGACAGCAGCCACUGUGAUGACGAGGCGCAGCCCGCAGAGGCGCCUGCAGAGAAAGCAGGAGCUGAAGAUACAGAGAGCACCGUGAGCAAAGACGAGGGGCAACUCGCAGCAGGAGCGUCUUCAACAGCUCAAGGAGUGAUGGAUAACGGAGAUAAGACUCAAACUGCCACCACACCGACCUCUUCCCCUCAAAGACCGUCCAUAACCGCCAAGGGCGCCAAAUCACCCGCAUCCUCCCGAAAUGGCCACAGCUCGAUCCCCAUUAAAGUCAGCAGCACAGGGCCCAGGCAGCCUGGAAGCGGUGCAAAGUCUCAGACUCCAGGGGCCAAAACUUCUGCCAGAACUGCAGCUCAACCAGAUGCCAGGAGUGGACAGAGCAGCCCCGGCACUCCCAAAUCCCCCGGUAGCCAAUCAAAUUCUGCAAAGUCAGGGGCCGAUGCCAACAAAGUGAAGAAGGUGGCUGUGGUUCGCUCCACCCCCAAAUCCCCGGGCUCGCUGAAGAGCCGUCCACCGGCUCCUCUGGCUGCCGCGGCGCCGCUGCCAGACCUGAAGAACGUCAGGUCCAAGAUCGGCUCCACAGAAAACAUCAAGCAUCAGCCCGGAGGGGGAAAGGUACAAAUCCUUGAUCAGAAGUUGGACUUUAGUAAUGUGCUGUCUAAGUGUGGCUCCAAAGACAAUAUCAAACAUGUACCCGGUGGCGGCAAUGUCAAAAUCCUCGAGAAGAAGCUGGACUUAAGUAACGUCCAAGCUCGCUGCGGUUCUAAAGACAACCUAAAGCACACGCCUGGUGGAGGCAAGGUGCAAAUUCUCGAUAAGAAGUUGGACUUGAGCAGUGUGCAGUCCCGGUGUGGCUCCAAAGAUAAUAUAAAACAUGUACCCGGUGGUGGCAAUAUUCAAAUCGUGCACAAAAAGAUCGAUCUGAGCAACGUGACAUCUAAGUGUGGCUCGAAGGACAACAUUCGUCACAAGCCGGGUGGUGGAAACAUUGAGAUCAAAAACGAGAAGCUGGAGUUUAAAGUUCAGUCCAAAGUGGGCUCUCUGGGCAACAUCAGCCACACUCCUGGAGGCGGGCAGAAGAAGAUUGAGAGCCACAAACUGAACUUCCGCGAGACAGCCAAGGCCCGCACUGACCACGGCGCCGAGAUAGUCUCCUUGGAAGACUCCCCUCACCAGCUCAGCACCGUGUCCUCCUCUGGCAGCAUCAACAUGACCGACUCUCCACAGCUCUCCACGCUGGCUGACCAGGUGUCCGCCUCCCUGGCCAAACAAGGCUUGUGAACGCGCUCGCCGCACUCCCCGCCUCGACCGCACGACCACGUAGAGGAGUUGUAAUGCCUUCCUCGUUACUUUCACAGGACUUUUAUUUGAUUUUUUUAGCUGCCCGUCACUGUUUAUCCUCCACUAACCUUUGAAUCUCGUCGAGGCGUUGCUAUUAGAGGUCUUAAAAAAGAAAACAGAUUAACCAGUAGGCCAACAUGUAUUGAAUAUCUCUCUGUGGUCUUUGAUCUCUACACUUAAUUUGAACCUUUUGUAAGUGUCCCUUUAAGAGUUAAAGCACCCCAGCAGAGCGAAAUCCUCCCUCUGAGGAUCUCCGUACAUAUCCCGCUAAAUCGUCUAAGACUCGGUUUCCCGUCACAUUGACUGUGAACCCUUUUAGAAGUGUAUCUUAUCAGCGUCACCUUUGACGGGUGUCCCCUGAUUCUUUUUUUAUUUAUUUAUUUUUUGAUUAAAAAAAAAACAGAACCUUGUAGAUGGAGGUUAAUGCAGACUGUUUGUGGGACGGGGGUGGGGGUCCGUUUGCGCUAAAGCAGAGGGAUCAGAUACAGGGUCCGGUGAAGUGGGCGGAGGAACAGUUAGAAGAAAAAGUAGCAAAUAUUUCUCGUCAAGGCAGAAAAGAAAAAGCUUUCAGACCUCACUGCUGUCUUUGCUUUGUGUAGUCCUGACAUGUGCUGCACCUCGAGCUACUGCAGGAGACUGCGGGGUGGGAGGGGGCAGAAGUGAGACCGCAGAGACAACAGCGACUGAUCGCGUCGCCUUCACGCGACUUUUUACGGGACGCGCCGAGCUCAGGUGUUCGUUCAGAGCCGCGAGAUCGAGAAGAAAGAGAGAAAUUACACUUAACGGAGGGUUGAGAGAGGCCUUUACCAACGGCAGCUGUGCUGUUUAACUCUUCCCUGCUUAAUAGGAGAAACAUGGCCGAGUGAGGGUGAUCUUGUUCUAACGGCCAUUGAAACAUUUGUUAACCGAUAAAUACACUGAAGCAUCAGGAUUUUGUAGUUUUUUUUAGUAGCUGGCUCGUUGAUGUGGCGACGAUACGGUAAAGCUGUGCUGUCUGCUGCGACCUGCAGCUGCUGAGACCUCGAGGGUCGUCCUGGUUUUACUACAGUGGAUGUCAGCAGAGUCUAAACUAAACCCGCCACAGGUUUGACAUUUAAACCAUUAGAAUCGCAGCGGAGAGCACGAGCACUCCCAGCCCGAGCGGUGACGUCACCACCAGCUCCCUCUGCCAUUCGCAGGGUUACAGCGUGGUGGCACUUUCACGGGUUCAAACUUCCACUGCAGACGUGAGCAGCACGCUGGGAAUAUUUCACCUUAAAUAUGGAAGUUAAAGGGCCCGGUCACGUGUUGUAAGAACACUAAUGCUAAAUAAGGAAAAAUUUAAAAAACAAAAUGUCAACAUUUCUUCUUUGGUUUUAUUUGACUUAUUUAAGCUGGUUUUUGUUCCCCGCUGUUUCCUGUUCUCUGUGUGAGUCGUUCGGCUCAGAAUGAUCAAUUAUCUGAGCUCGGUGACGAAGCGAGGGGCUGAUGCCUCUCCGCGGUCUCAUUUCUGACGCUCUCCCUGCGUCGUAGGUGAGGGAGGGGCAGGGGAGCGUUACCUGGAUUUAAAAAAAUACAGAAAAAAGACGAAGUGAAGAGCUAGAGUAGAGACUUUGUGUUGGGCACAGUUUUAUAAUCGUACUCUGUGGAUAUAUGACAUGUAUUUGAUAUGAAGAAACAUUUGUAUCGUGCCUGCUACUGUCAGUGUUCUUUUUUUUUUACUGCUUUGUGUAAAUGCGCUACAGCUUGAGGAGGGAAAAUUAACCUUAAAGUGACAUUUUCAUAGCUAAACUGUGAGGAGGCGGCUGAGAACAGUAUUUAUGCACUUACAGGUAGGUAGACUAAAGUUUUCACAGCGGUGACACAAACACUGAAAACGGCUGUUUUACUGUUAAUGGAUCGUUUGUACGGAGAAGAUUGUGAUUGUUGCACGGCAGGCGGACGGUGAAGACCUCCUUAGGCAGUCUGUAUCCAACACACAUGCACCUGAAACACAGGACUGAUCAGAUGGCCGUGUUUCUCGCUCCCUGCAAAGUAGUAAAAGUGCACUUCGUGGCAAAAGUUUGUGGACGCAUGAGAGCUUAUCUGCUGCAGAUUUUUAGCAGUAGUCCCAAAGUCACGAGUGAGGCUUGAUGAGCGUCACAGGAAGUGUUUGGUGGGCCAGAGGAGACCUGAACGCCACAGCACACAGUGGUCCCAGAUAACAAAAAGAAACCUCACACUUGGGCCGGAUAUUACUUGCCAUUUGGGUUUUGGUACUUUCUCGGAUUCAUUUGAUGAGCCGUUACAUUUAACUGUGACUCAGUGUUUAAUUAACUUUUAGAAAAUGUGUCUAAAUUCUCAGUAAAUUCUGACAAAAGGCCAGAACAGGAAUAUUUAGAGGAGGUGAUUAUUUCACUGCCUUCAUGGUGCUUUAGCCACAGGCGCAUCAUUUGGCCCUAACAACCAACACUUAUUUCCACUGUGAGGUUGUUGUUUGAACAUGGAGGCAGCCUCAAGUGGCCAUCAGAGGAACUGCAGUUUUUGGCACUGGGAAAAAACCCGUCAAAGUUAAAGGAUAGAUGGACCUUCCUUUAAGCAGCAAAAGUGCCCGAGUAUCAGAUUAAAAUAUGAUCCCUUUUAAAUGGUUGAGCCAGACAGGUGCGUCCACUUACUUUUGUCCACGCGGUGCAUAUGUGGUCACGUUUUUGUUGUGUUCUCCAGCUGGAGCCAGGUUAAGACGUUCCCCUGCAAACAAACCCAGUUCAUGUGCUCAGAGACGUCCCGAUGUGGCCCCCCCGCUGAUUCAUUACUCGCAUUAAAAUGAGUGAAACAGCUUCUUGCAUGCAGCUCAUGUAAGAGACAGCCGUCUGCUUGUUGCCCCCCUUUCACAAAGCGAUCUCUCUGUAUAUCCUGUUUAUAUUUGCUCUGGAACUGGACGGAUGUACCAAUUCUUUUCUUUUUUUUUUGUAUAAAAAAAUGUGCAAUUAAGGGUCAAAAGGUCACCGACUUUGCUGUAAGGUUUCCUAAACGAGCAAGCACACGAAAAGCUUGCAACAUUAUCUGCAUGCUAAACCCUCUUUAGUUCCAGUUCCACGCUCGUCUCUGCGUGCAGGACGGACGCGAGCACCCAGGGACGGGAGCCGAUCUCCGAGAGGUUUCCACAGUAACAAAACUCGUCACCUUCUUUCGUUUUUGUUUUCCUCUCUUCGGGGUUACUUCUGACGCUGUACAGUUGUGGAAAUGUGAUUGUUCUCGUUAUUGUGCAUUUUCUCAAUAACUGGUUUAUGAUGAUUCUUGUUGCUGUAUAUGUGUAUUUGAAAAUAAAUGCUAUGAAGUCACCGUGGUGGUGAAGGAGUGCAAAAAAAUCACUCCCAGAUCA